AAGCAGGCGGCAAGGAUUGGCUGGCUUAGUAUGGACCCUGGCAGUUUUUUCCUGAGUCAGGGUCAGAUCAAGCCUUCCGAGGGGGAGGAGGGGAGUUGUGCAGGACAAGCCGCUCUUGGCAAAAGGAUGCUGGAGCUGAGCCUAUCCAGGCUGGGACUCGAGCCGGUGGCAGCCUCCCCAUGGCUGCUGCUGCUGCUGGUCGGGGCCUCCUGGCUCCUGGCCCGCGUCCUGGCCUGGACCUACACCUUCUACAACAACUCUCGCCGCCUCCGAUGUUUCCUGCAGCCCCCAAAACUGAACUGGUUCUUGGCUCACAUGGACCUGGUGCCCUCCACGGAGCAGGGCCUGAUCAACUUCACUCAGAUGGCGGCCAACUACCCCCAUGGAUAUUUGAUCUGGUUUGGCCCCAUUAUCCCCAUGGUCGUCUUCUGCCACCCUGACAUGCUCCGGAGCAUCACCAACGCCUCAGCUGCCAUUGCACCCAAGGACAUGCAGUUCUAUGGCACUCUAAAACCCUGGCUUGGGGAUGGGCUCCUGCUGAGUGCUGGUGACAAGUGGAACAGUCACCGUCGCAUGCUGACACCUGCCUUCCACUUCAACAUCCUGAAGCCCUAUAUGAAGAUUUUCACCAAGAGCGCAGAGAUCAUGCACGCCAAGUGGGAGCGCCUGGUCACAGAGGGCCACACCCAUCUGGACAUGUUUGAACACAUCAGCCUCCUGACCCUGGACAGUCUGCAGAAAUGUGUCUUCAGUUUUGACAGCAAUUGCCAAGAGAAGCCCAGCGAAUAUAUCGCCACCAUCUUGGAGCUCAGUGCUCUUGUGUCAAAAAGAAACCAACAGCUCUUCCUGUACAUGGACUUCCUCUACUAUCUCACCCUGGAUGGGCGGCACUUCCGCAAGGCCUGCCGCCUGGUGCAUGACUUCACAGAUGCGGUCAUCCAGGAGCGGCGCCGCACUCUCCCCAAGGAGAAUAUUGAUGACUUCCUCAAGACCAAGGCGAAGACCAAGACUUUGGACUUCAUUGAUGUGCUUCUGCUGACCAAGGAUGAAGAUGGGAAGGGAUUGUCAGAUGAAGAUAUCCGGGCUGAAGCUGACACCUUCAUGUUUGAGGGCCAUGACACCACAGCCAGUGGUCUCUCCUGGAUCCUGUACAACCUUGCAAAGCACCCAGAAUACCAGGAGCGCUGCCGGCAAGAGGUGCAAGACCUUCUGAGGGACCGUGAGUCUAAAGAGAUUGAAUGGGAUGACCUGGCCCAGUUGCCCUUCCUGACCAUGUGCAUCAAAGAGAGUCUGCGGUUGCACCCCCCAGUCACCAGCAUCUCCCGCCGCUGUACCCAGGACAUUGUGCUCCCAGAUGGCCGGGUCAUCCCCAAAGGUGUUUCUUGCCUCAUUGAUAUUUUCGGGACCCACCACAACCCAUCUGUGUGGCCAGACCCUGAGGUCUAUGACCCCUUCCGCUUCAACCCAGAAAACAUCAAAGGGAGGCCACCUUUGGCUUUUAUUCCCUUCUCAGCGGGUCCCAGGAACUGCAUUGGGCAGACAUUCGCCAUGACUGAGAUGAAAGUGAUCUUGGCGCUCACCUUGCUGCGCUUCCGCAUUCUGCCGGACAAGGAGCCCUGCCGGAAGCCAGAGCUGAUCCUGCGCACCGAGGGCGGACUCUGGCUGCAGGUGGAGCCACUGAGCGCAGGCCAGCAAUGACCCAGCACCUUCUCUCCUGGGAUCCUCCCUGACCCUAGACACCUCACGUGGCAGAUUGGAAAUUAAACUUCGUGGUCACCUCUGCCCUAGGCUCGUCAAGAGAUAGCAAGGAGCACAUGGGGUCUGCUAGGUUCCAGGCAGGUGGGGAUUGCUGUAAACUUGGUGGCCUUUAGAGGGGCGGCUCAGGGGGGAACUUGGAUCCCAAGUGUAAGACUACUCUUUAGUCUUACAAGACUUACAAGUCCAACUGCUUGAUGCAGAGAGGGUCAGAUGACCUUGGAUUUGCUCCCUGCCAUGGUAAUGUAAAGGUCACCGUCCCAGUCUGCCAUUGACUAGUUGUUUGGCUUAAGAAAAUUGUUUACCUCUCAGUUCCUUUAUUACACAUUGUAGCCACUUUACUGGGCUGUUGGGGAGACUGAAUAAACAAGCAUAUGCAAAAUGACUGACUCAGUAUGUAGUAAGCAUUAGUAAUCGAUAAGGGUUCAUUUCCUCACUUCUUUCUGCAUUGCUUUCUUAAAUUUAAAAUGUUUUAAAGUCAUCAUAGGUAUAUUUAAAUUUAGGGACAUGUGGAAGCCUGCUGCUUCAGAGGACUAUCAUUAGAAGAUUCAGCAACUUCAAAAUUCCCAUAUUUACAUCUAUUGCAGUUUCAAAGGGCCUUGCUGUGAUGCUGACCUGAAGUUGGGAACUGAAAAAAUUUUUUUUUCCUAUCACAGAGUCAUGACCCAGGACUUCAUUUUCAUCUGGAUGUUUUAGGGAGUGGAGGCCAAGUGGGUGGAAGUGAAUGGGGCAGGAGUGGGGUCACUUCCUUCAGCACUUGGGACAGCAGCUGCCCCAGGACUAGCCCCACUCAGGUUGCAGGGAGUCCUGGGAUAGAGUCUUAGUCUCAGAGACACUUUCAGGAGCCAGAGGACUUAAUGGUUGCAAAAUAAGAAAGAAAUCCUACAUCAUAAAAUGAGUAAAUAUUUAAUAUAUUCUAAGCUGGAAUCAGGAUUGCCAGGAGAAAUAUCAAUAACCUCAGAUAUGCAGAUGACAUCACCCUUCUGGCAGAAAGCAAAGAACUAAAGAGCCUCUUGAUGAAAGUGAAAGAGGAGAGUGAAAAGAUUGACUUAAAACUCAACAUUCAGAAAACUAAGAUCAUGGCAUCUUGUCCCAUCACUUCAUGGCAAACAGAUGGGGAAACAGUGGAAACAGUGGCUGACUUUACUUUUUGGGGGCUCCAAAAUCACUGCAGAUGGUGACUGUAGCCAUGAAAUUAAAAGACACUUACUCCUUGGAAGGAAAGUCAUGACCAACCUAGACAGCAUAUUAAAAAGCAGAGACAUUACUUUUUCAAAAAAAAAGUCCAUCUGUCAGAGCUAUGGUUUUUCCGGUAGUCAUGUAUGGAUGUGAGAGCUGGACUAUAAAGAAAGCUGAGCGCUGAAGAAUUGAUGCUUUUGAACUGUGGUGUUGGAGAAGACAAGUCCAAGUCCCUUGGACUGCAGGGAGAUCCAACCAUUCCAUCCUAAAGGAAAUCAGUCCUGACUGUUCAUUGGAAGGACUGAUGUUGAAGCUGAAGCUCCAGUUCUUUGGCCACCUGAUGCAAAGAACUGACUCAUUUGAAAAGACCCUGAUGCUGGGAAAGAUUGAAGGCAGGAGGAGAAGGAGACAACAGAGGAUGAGAUGGUUGGAUGGCAUCACCGACUCAAUGGAGAUGAGUUUGAGUAGACUCUGGGAGUUGAUGAUGGACAGAGAGGCCUGGUGUACUGCAGUCCAUGGGGUCGAAAAAAGUUGGACACGA